UUAUUAGAAUAAAGAAAUAAAUCGGCUGGGAGUCGUACAUUUAGCGCUUUCCAGAUUGAGCUGCAGACAAGAUCCCCGUCGCUGAAUUUCAUACGAGGCACGGAGAUCUCGCCCGAUUUCCUCUCGAUCGGAGCCACGAGACUCUGAUUCUUCUUAAUUUUUUUGUUCCUCAAUCAAUUUUCUCGCGCUAGAAGUGAUAUCAAUCAAUUGAAGAUCGGAAUUUAGAGUUGCUAGCAAGUGAGAGAAGUUGAAUAAUUGAGAAAUGUCCUAUCAUGAGGAAGUUAUGGAAUACCCGGCGGCAGAUGUCGAUGAGAUGGUCGAUGCGGAUGAAGACGUGCUUUUUGCUGGUAGAGUAAUGGGAGACUCGGAGUCUGAUGUUGAUGAAGAAGAGGAUGAAUACGAUCAUUUGGACCAUAAGAUUACAGAUACUUGUGCCGCUGAGGCACGAAGAGGGAAGGAUAUCCAAGGAAUCCCAUGGGAGAGGUUAAGCAUAUCCAGGGAGAAGUAUAGGCAAACUAGAUUAGAGCAUUAUAAGAAUUAUGAGAAUAUACCUCAAUCUGGAGAGGCACUAAAGGAGUGCAAGUUAACUAGGAAAGGUGGAUCGUAUUAUGAAUUCUGGCAGAACACCAGAUCUGUAAAAUCGACCAUUCUUCAUUUUCAGUUAAGGAAUCUCGUUUGGGCGAGGUCAAUGCAUGAUGUUUAUCUCAUGUCUCAUUAUUCCAUCAUUCACUGGUCUUCCUUGAGUUCCAAAAAAACUGAAGUUCUUAAUGUUUCGGGCCAUGUGGCUCCCCGUGAGAAACACCCCGGAAGUUUACUGGAAGGAUUUACGCAGACACAAAUAAGUACUCUGGCAGUUCGUGAUAAUCUGUUGAUUGCUGGGGGAUUCCAGGGUGAGCUUAUUUGCAAGGAUCUAGAUAGACCUGGUGUUAGCUUUUGUACGAGGACAACUUAUGAUGAUAAUGCUAUAACAAAUGCAAUCGAGAUCUAUAAUGGUCCAAGUGGUUCUGUUCAUUUCACAGCUUCAAAUAACGAUGGUGGAGUAAGGGACUUUGACAUGGAGAGGUUUCAGCUUGUUAAGCAUUUCUCUUACCCAUGGCCUGUUAAUCAUACCUCUCUCAGCCCAGAUGGUAAAGUUAUUGCGAUUGUUGGGGACAAUCUUGACGGGAUGUUGGUGGAUUCAUCAACUGGAAAGACUAUUUCGCAUCUACGUGGACAUUUGGAUUUCUCCUUCGCCUCUGCAUGGCACCCAAACGGUUACACACUCGCCACUGGAAACCAGGACAAAACUUCUCGAGUGUGGGAUUUCAGAAACCUGUCAAAAUCCGUUGCUGUACUGAAAGGAAACUUGGGAGCCAUCCGAUCCAUCCGGUUUACAUCCGACGGUCAGUUUAUGGCUAUGGCUGAACCAGCCGACUUUGUUCACGUCUACGACGUGAAAAACGGGUAUGAAAAGGAACAAGAGAUCGACUUUUUUGGUGAGAUUUCUGGAGUCUCGUUCAGUCCCGAUACAGAUUCACUCUUCAUUGGGAUUUGGGAUCGUACUUAUGGCAGUCUCCUUCAGUACAACAGAUGCAGAAACUAUUCAUACCUGGACUCACUAAUGUGAAUACAACAACCAUUUGUGAGUUCUGCAUGCUUUUAUUGGUCAAAUCCGUUGUUUAUCUUUGAAUAAUGCCGAAUCUCAGCACAGAAGAUUUAUCGAACUCAGCACCAAAAGCAGAAAAGAAAGGUUAUUUGUAUAUGGAAACCGUACUUGUAUUAUUAAUGUUUAUGGAUUCAGAUGAAAGUGAAGUAGCUAAUAAGAGGGGGCUUUGCUUUGCUUUGGGAGAGAAUGUGUGAUGUAGAUUAGGUUUAGCAGAGUUACUACACGUUGUCAAUAAUAGUCUUAGCUUAGAUGAAUCAAGUGUGAAUCGAGACGAACUUCGUUACUCAUUGAUGCUCUGUGAAAACUUUGCCCUGCAGAGUUAUUGGUGUUGUGAAUUGCUAUAUUUACAGACUGUCGAAACGUAUUAUGCUUAUGUUUUUUUUUUCUUAAAUAUAUAUAUUUAUUGGAACA